CUUUCUUUCUACACAUUUUCCUUCUGUUCAUUUCAUCUUUCGGUCCAUUUUUCUGUGAACACAAGAACUUGGUAUCAUGGCUACACGGCAUGCUAGAACAGCUGAUAAGGCCUUGAAUGAAAAGCAUGCGACCAUCUUAAAGGGUUUGUUACGACAGCCUGGCAACAAAUACUGUGCUGAUUGCAAGCGCAAAGAUCCUCGUUGGGCAUCUUGGAAUUUGGGACUUUUUGUGUGCAUUCGUUGCUCGGGUAUUCAUCGAUCGAUGGGAACACAUAUUAGCAAAGUAAAAUCUGUCGAUUUGGAUACGUGGGUGCCAGACCAGGUUGAGAACAUGACUCGCUGGGGAAAUGAACGGGCCAACAAAUAUUGGGAAGCGAACUUGAAGGAUAAGCGACCAUCUGAGAGCAACAUUGAUAUGUGGAUUCGGGCAAAAUACGAACAAAAGCGAUGGGCUAUGCGAGGACCUAUUCCCGAUCCAAGCACGCUCGGUGGAAGUCAAGAGAGCAGUGUUGCGUCCGAAGCAUCAUCUUCACCCAGUUCACUUCGAGCUGAAAGACCCAAACAGCAACAACAGCAACAGGCAUCAGCACCAGCCAAACCCAAAGCAUCAGAGUUUGCCAAUUUGGAUGCCUUUCUUGGAUCUCCCACAACAACAACAACACCUGCACAACCUGUAAAAGCGUCAUCAUCCCCUGCAUCCCAACUCCAGGGUGCCGAUUUCUUCUUUGGAGGUAGCAGUAGUCCUGCUCCCGCUCCUGCAGCUCCACCCAAACAAGAGGAAAAGCCAAAGUCCAAACACAACGAUCUUAAAUCAUCCAUUCUUUCUCUGUACAACCAGACACCAGCCCAGUCGAUGCCUAUUAAUAAUGGCGGUGCUGGUGGUUAUAUGAACAACAUGAGCAAUUUCCAGCAACAGCUUUCAGGAUUAUCUCUAGGUGGACCCUCCUCGGGUGUGAUUCCACAGGCACCUCCUGGCCACUCGUUCCAAAACGUUUGGGCAUCUAACACAAAUCCUAUGCAGCCAACUACGGCUCAGAAUCAACUUCCUCAGGGCGGUCAAUUCUUUCGUACCCCUGGUAACGGAAAUACCGCUUCUUCGACAAACAUCCCUCCUAAGACUACCCCGGCUCAUGAUGCAUUUGCCGAUCUUUUGAAAUAGACUUUCCAAAUAAACGUGCAUACAGAAGAAAGAAGCGUUCUGUUUUCCCUUAAAUUUAUAAUGCUUUCCCCCUCCGUAACAAUAUCUUGUCUGCAAAAAUAUAUAAACGCUACGUGAAACACCCUUGUACCCAGAUUAUAUAUUGCGUUUGUGUGCUAUGCUUGCUUACUUUAAUGCGGCAGGUGAUUGCCCUAUUUUUUACUGCUGUAAAUCAAGAAUUUUCAGCUACCAUUAUUCACAAAGAAAAAGGCGGCGUCCCUACUUUUUCAGGUAUCUAUCUAGUUUAAUG